GUCGGCCGCUUUCAAAGUCGAGUUUGCGACACUUUUCAAAGGGUUCUGUAGAUAUUCUAGAACACCAACGGUCACAGCUGCGAACAGUGCACCCCCACACUCUGCGACGCGCUUAGAAUAGUCGCCGUACGCGUUAAAUGACCAUACGAAAAUAUCAACGUGAGGCAUGAUACAUCACCCAAAGCCUGUUCCUGACUUUACCUCCACAAACAUCAGAACAAAACCACAGCAUCGAACCACAACAUGCUCAUCGGCGUCUGCGGCAGUAUUUGCUCCGGCAAAAAGACGGUGGCCCAAUAUCUCGUUGAGCAUCAUGGAUUCAAACUCCUCCAUCUACAGCCACACUCGCAGCCAAGGCCGUCCAAUUCCUCGCUUGGAGCCGAAUCCGCAUCACCCGAGGAACACGGUGCAGAGUCUCCAUCACAGUCUACCGACUCAACAGCUUUCAAAGGCGCUCUGACCUCAACAGCGCUCACCACCAAAAAUGGUUACCAGUCUUCUUCUGAAACCACGCUGACUCUCCGGGAUGGUCCGCAACACGUGUUUUCCACAGCUGAGGAACUCCUCGACUUUGUGACGAAACGCUGGCGUAGCCGCUUUGUCACUACCGACAUUCCCACCGAGGCCGUUCUAGACGUCUUUCUUCGUCGACCUUUCUUCUUACUGCUCUCCGUCGAUGCGCCAUUGACGGUCCGCUGGCGACGGUUCCAGGACCGCGCGAGGCAGAGGCACGCGGGAGAGCCUGACAUGAGUCUAGAAGACUUUGUCACAGAGAGCGAUACCCACCUAUACGAUGCAGAGAAAGGCCUCUCACCCCUUAUCUCGCGUGCUGUUGUGAGACUUCUCAACACAUCAUCCUCUCUAGCGCACCUCUAUGCUACCCUUGGCAAGCUGGACAUCCCAAAUCCUGAUCGUCUUCGCCCUUGCUGGGACACUUACUUUAUGGAAUUGGCAUCCCUUGCUGCACAACGCUCCAACUGUAUGAAGCGUAGGGUCGGAUGUGUUCUUGUUGGCAAAGAACGCAGGGUCAUUAGCACCGGUUAUAAUGGGACUCCAAGGGGACUACAGAAUUGCACUGAAGGAGGCUGUCCAAGGUGCAAUGACGGCAACAGCUCCGGAGUGGGCUUAUCGACUUGCCUGUGUAUCCAUGCCGAAGAGAACGCGCUUUUGGAAGCGGGACGAGAAAGAAUACGCGAGGGUUCUGUCCUAUACUGCGACACGUGUCCCUGCCUCACAUGCAGUAUCAAAAUCUGCCAGGUGGGUAUUAGCGAGGUUGUCUACGCCCAUACGUACAGUAUGGACAACGACACAGCCCGGGUGUUUAGGGAGGCUGGCGUGAAGCUGAGACAGUUCAUACCAUCCCGAGUCCACUUGAAGCAUUGCAUCGCUGCACCGAAAACUCACAGACGGAAGCAGGCAAGCAGACGGCCCGUCGAGAUGCGUUUUGCAUUGCCAGCGUGGCCCGUUAUUGAGGCCAGCAGGUUUCUAAGCCCCGAUGACGCCGAACUCUGGAACACUAUAGGGUAG